AGUAUGUUAUCACGAAAUCCAAUCUUACUUGCUGAGAUAGCUUUUUAGUUGUGGGCAGGUACCCUACUCCCCUAACCCCCCCUCUUCCUUCCUUUCAUCGGAUCCCCGCACUGAUACCACCAACCAUUUAGCUUCUACCAAUUAGCAGCUACUUUAAUAUUAAGCAGCUGCAAAUAUGCUUCGAGCACACCAGGGAGCCAUGCAAUAACGACAUUUGAUCUGCGCCAAUCAUCACUCGUGUUCCACAUGAAAUCUCAGCACCUUCCAACUUUGGUCUACGCUCUCUAAAUCUGCAAGACAUGCAUCAUGACAUGUUAAAUAAUUUCCGUAUCCAAAUUCCAAAUUCUUUUCAGUAAUCUCAAAUUUUUUCACGGUCGCAAAGACUGAGACAAUAUCGGCACGAUGGCAGAUAUCGCAUGCGACCAGAAGGUCGGUCCCGAGGUCAUCCCAGAGGCGACUGAGCUCUCCAAAGUUGCCGUUGACGAGGCUGCUGCCCUGCCAAAAGGAACGAUCGAUCCCGUGUAUGAAGCCAAAGCACGGGUUCUGAACCAUGCCAUUCAAGAAAUUGGCAUGGGCUGGUACCAAUGGCAGCUUUUCAUCGUGGUCGGCUUUGGCUGGGCAAACGACAACUUGUGGCCCAUUGUGACGUCUCUGAUCUUGCCGCCGAUUGCGAGUGAAUUCAACGUCACGCGCCCGCCAUUUUUGACUCUGGCCCAGAAUAUUGGGCUGCUGGCAGGCGCAAUGUUUUGGGGAUUUGGUUGCGAUCUGUUUGGCAGACGCUGGGCGUUCAACUUGACGCUGGGUGUAACGGCCGUCUUUGGCAUGAUUGCCGCAGGCUCUCCCAAUUUUGCUGCAAUUGGAUGCUUUGCAGCAUUGUGGUCCUUUGGAGUUGGUGGGAACCUACCCGUCGAUUCGGCAGUCUUUCUUGAGUUUUUGCCGGGUUCGCACCAAUUCCUUCUUACGAUUCUUUCCAUCGAUUGGGCUCUGGCGCAGGUGAUAGCGACUCUUAUCGCUUGGCCUUUAUUGGGCAACUUGACCUGCUCGGAGACGGCGAAAACAUGUACUAAGAGUGAAAACAUGGGAUGGCGGUACUUUGUCAUUACCAUGGGCGGCAUCAGCUUGAUCGAAUUCUUUAUUCGCUUUGUGUGCUUCACUGUCUUUGAGUCCCCCAAAUUCCACAUGGGCAAAGGCAACGAUGAAAAGGCGGUUGAAAUUGUCCACGAGGUAGCCCGCCGCAAUGGCAAAACUUCAACCUUGACAGUGGAAGACCUCAAGGCGUGCGAGCCUGCUGGAGAGAUAAUCCAACAGCAGACGGAUACGACAGCUGCCAUCAAGCGCAAUCUCCAGAAAUUUAACCUUGCGCAUAUUCGCGCGCUAUUUGCUACGUGGAAGCUUGCAUUUUCUACCACCAUGAUCAUGAUCGUGUGGGCUUUUAUCGGUUUGGGAUACCCUCUGUAUAAUGCAUUUCUUCCUUAUAUCCAAGCCACACGGGGUGCGGAAUUUGGCGAUGGAAGCACCUACCUCACCUACCGCAACACGCUCAUCAUCGCUGUUCUUGGUGUUCCUGGGUGCCUUUUGGGCGGUGCCAUGGUAGAGAUCAAGCGCUUCGGCCGCCGAGGCACUUUGUCACUGUUCACCAUUCUCACUGGCGUCUUCUUGUACGCCUCAACGACUGCCACGACCUCUGACGCAUUGUUGGGAUGGCAGUGCGCGUACAAUUUCUGCAGCAAUAUCUUGUAUGCCGUCUUGUAUGCAUACACACCGGAGAUCUUCCCCACAAAGGAUCGAGGAACCGGAAAUGCAUUGACCGCCACGGCGAAUCGUGUUUUUGGUAUCAUGGCUCCCAUUGUUGCCAUGUUUGCAAACCUCAAGACUUCAGCACCUGUAUAUACCAGCGGAGCGCUCUUUAUUGCUGCCGGCCUGAUUGUUAUCGUGUUGCCUUUUGAAAGCCAGGGUAAAGCGAGCUUGUAAUUUUUGAAGUGAUAGAUGUUUUAGAUGUUUCGAUGAUUUAGAGCGAUGUAAGUUGAGAGUAUUUUGUACGAAAGUGUAGUUGUAAG